GUGCAAAAUGUUAAACAACGAAAAUGGUGCUGCAUGUUCUUACUAUAUAUAACCAACAUUUGAGCUAAAGUUGAAGCAAUAAAAUUUAACCAACAUAAUAAAUAUUAACUAAGCACAAAGUGCUAGACAUUUUUAGUAGUAUUAUUCUAAGCUUGAAAUCUCAGAGUAAAGUGAAAAAAAUGCCGAUUUCUAGAAUUGCAAUUGGAAGUCCUUCUGAGUUUGGCAAAGCUGAUGCACUUAAGGCUGCACUUGCUGAGUUCAUCUCAAUGCUCAUCUUUGUCUUUGCAGGGGAAGGCUCUGGCAUGGCAUAUAAUAAGCUUACAAACAAUGGUGCAGCAACACCAGCUGGGUUGGUAGCUGCAUCACUGUCACAUGCUUUUGCUCUUUUUGUUGCUGUCUCUGUUGGUGCUAACAUCUCUGGUGGACAUGUCAAUCCUGCUGUUACAUUUGGUGCCUUCAUUGGUGGCCACAUUACACUUAUUAGAGGCCUUUUGUAUUGGAUUGCUCAGUUGCUUGGUUCUGUUGUUGCUUGCUUGCUCCUUAAAAUUGCCACUGGUGGAUUGGAAACAUCUGCAUUCUCAUUGUCUUCAGGAGUGGGAGCAACAAAUGCACUUGUGUUUGAGAUUGUGAUGACUUUUGGUUUGGUUUACACAGUGUAUGCCACUGCAGUAGACCCAAAGAAGGGUGACCUUGGAACAAUUGCUCCAAUUGCCAUUGGUUUCAUUGUAGGGGCCAACAUAUUAGCAGGUGGUGCUUUUGAUGGUGCCUCCAUGAACCCAGCAGUCUCUUUUGGGCCUGCUGUUGUUAGCUGGACAUGGACUAAUCAUUGGGUCUAUUGGGUCGGCCCAUUGAUCGGUUCUGCUGUCGCUGCAGUUGUGUAUGAGAUUUUCUUCAUCACCCCUAGCUCUUAUGAACAGUUACCGGUCGCAGAUUAUUAGAGAAGAACUUUAUCCACCCCAGGUUUUUCUUCAGAUAUGUAAUUCCAAAGUGACUUUGGGGUGGGAAAAUUUCCUCCUGAUUAUUAAGGCCUAAAUUCCCCUCACGUUUUAAUUGAACAGGGGUUGGGUUUCUUUUAGCUUAUUAUCUGGGUGCACUUUGUUGUUUGCAUUUCCUUGUUUUUCAAAUGUUUUCUAUUUAGUUACAUUUGUUCUGUUCUAUAAGAUUAUUUAAUCAAGUAAUCGUCAUGUCUUUUAAACUUCAAACUUCUAUCUAUCUCCAAUUAUAGUCA